AUUCCCACCACCUUCGUGUCCGUUUUUUCAAUAAAAUGCCCUACGAUUUAGCGCAAGCUGUAGGCUUCUCGCUGCCCGACCGAGAGGUUGCAUGGAACAAGCGAGACCUGCUCACGUAUGCGGUCGGCGUAGGGGCGAAGAGCGAUGAUUUCGCUUAUAUAUACGACCCGAAAUUCUCUGCCCUGCCGACGUAUCCUGUUGUCUUGGCUUUGAAGGGCGCAGAGCAAGAUGUUAAUUUGUUUGCCUCAAGGGCAAAAGGCGGUGUCCAAGUUCCGGGUAUACCACCAAUGGAUCCAAAUAAGAUGCUCCACGGGAGCCAGUCCGUAGAAGUUUUAAAAAAGCUUCCUUUGGUGAGUGGGCCGGGCUGGAAAUGGACGUCGAGAUACACCGGUAUUUCUGAAAACAAAACUGGUAUCGUCAUGACUAUGGAAAAUACGCUCAUCGAUCCAAAUGGUGUACCGUACGCGAGACUCUACAGCUCUACGUUCAAUCUCGGAGCCAAAGCAAACGGAACGAGCUUUACUAAGGUUAUUGCCAGUGCCCCUGUAGCUAAGGCCGCCCCAAAAAAUCGCGAACCUGAUUGGAUAAUCAAAGAUCAGACAUCGCCAGAGCAGGCCAUCUUGUUUCGGCUCAGUGGGGACUAUAACCCACUACAUAUCGAUCCCUCAAUCGGACACGCAGCAGGGUUCGGAGGAGUGAUCCUGCACGGAUUGUCGACAUAUGGAUUUGUUGCGCGGGGGCUCAUCAAGGCAAUAGCCAACAACGACCCUGAUGCGUUAAAGCUAUUUGGGGUGAGAUUCACGUCGCCAGUGAAGCCGGGUGACGCGUUGGAGACUCACGCUUGGGAGGUUGGACCUGGGCCCAACGGGACGACGGAGAUUUCUUUUAUAACAAAGAAUGCUACCACUGGAAAGCUCUCCCUUGGUUCUGGUAUUGCAUACAUCAAGAAAUCGGAGAAGAGUAAGUUGUAGGAUAGGAGCGUCAAGAUUGUAUGACAUGCAUCCCCCGGAUUCCCACCUUUGUACAUUACUGUGUCCACAUUUAUUUGCAUAUCAUAUACUUCUCAAAUUGCAUCAUAACCUUCCUAUUCAAAA